GCGAUCCCCACAAGUGUUCAGCCAGCAUCCAGAUCCGAAGCUCCUAGGCUUUUGCGAUUCGGUUUUUCCCUAAUUCGCGAUCUCAGGGCCAAAGGACGCCAUCGCAAGAAUGACCAGCAGUGCCAGCGUUUUGGCCAGUACAGUGGCCACUUCGACGACGGCCGUCCUGGAGGAUCUUCGCUUCAGCCUCACGGACUACGUUGUCUUUUCUCUGUUGCUGAGCGCGUCGGCCGGAAUCGGGGUGUAUUUCGGAUUUUUCUCCAAGGCCAAGAAUACCACGGAGGAGUACCUUCAAGGUGGCAAGAAGAUGCCCACUCUGCCGGUGGCCAUUUCCCUGGUCUCGAGCCAACUUUCCGGGGUAGCGAUGAUGUCCGUUCCGGCAGAGACUUACUCCUUUGGAUUCAACAUGAUGUUCGUAACCUGGGCCAUGGUAUUGGCAGUUCCUGUCCUUAUAUAUGUCAUUGUGCCCGUGUUUUACGAUAAUAAUGUAUCAAACUGCUACGAGUACCUAGAGAUGCGAUUCAGCAAAAGGACCCGACAACUUGUGACCAUUACGUUCAUAUUCAAUCAAUUCCUGAUGCUUCCAGUAUAUAUGUUUGUUCCAUCGCUAGCCUUUUCCCAAGUCACCGGCUACAACAUUCACCUGAUCAACACGGUAGUUUCGUCCAUCUGCGUCUUCUACACGAUGCUGGGCGGGAUCAAGGCGGUGGUUUGGACCGAUGUUGUUCAGGGAGGUGUCAUGUUGAUCUCAGUAGUUUUGGUGGCCAUUUUGGGCACCUCGAAUACAGGUGGUUUGGCCAAUGUUCUGAAGAAUGCUUCUGAGGGCGGUCGUUUGGAUAUGAACUUUGGUUUAGAUCCACGCCUGCGUCUAACCUUCAUUAGUGCAAUGGCGAGCGGGCUUUUAAUGUGGACGGGCAAGGUUGGCCUAGACCAGAGCUGCGUUCAGAGAAUUGUGUCCAUGCCCUCUUAUGGGCAUGCCAAGAGGUGCCUUGUCAUGGCCGGAAUCGGUUUCCUGCUUGUCAUGUCCUUCACCUGCUUUGCUGGCAUCAUCAUGUUUGCCUACUAUUACGGUUGCGAUCCUAUUCAGGCCGGGCUGGUCACCAAGCCGGACAAGCUGAUGCCCUUCUUCAUCCAAGACAUUAUGGGCCAUUUGAUGGGCAUGCCUGGCGUAUUUAUCUCCUGCGUGUUUAGUGCCUCACUAAGUUCUCUUUCCGCCAGUCUUAACUCCUUCGCCGGAGUGGUCUACUUCGAUUACAUAAAACCGAGAAUAAAUCACACGGAAGCCAAAGCCAAUGCGACCAUGAAAAUGGUCAUCGUGGCUAUGGGAGCCUACUGCAUUCUGGGCGGCUUUGUCGUGCAGAACUUCAACUCGAUUAUCCAGACGAUGUGGACAAUUACGGGCAUCAAUAUGGGCGCUGUCGUUGGAGUAUUUCUUCUGGGUAUGUUUGUGCCCCGCUGCAACGCCAAGGUGGCGGUGACUGGGAUCGCCUUUAGUGUUCUCGCCAUGCUGUGGGUCAUUAUCAAUGGCCAGAUGAACUUCAAGUCCGGCCUGAUAAAGUACGAACCCCUACCGAAUGGACUGGACAGGUGCGAGGCAAGGAAUUUCCAGGUCAUCUUAAAUGCCAUAAACCAUAACCUGACGAGGAUCCCCACCACUCCGAUUCCCUCUCUGGAAGCACCUAAGCAAGUGACCACCGCCUUCAAUAGCAAUCGCGACUUCUCCAUCUACGACAUUUCCUUCUACUGGUACAAGGUGCUGGGUGCCCUGCUGGUUUUUGUGUGGGCCAUCCCUAUGAGCUUUGUGUGGCCCUUGGACAAGGACGAGAAGCAGAACCCUAAGCUCUUCUCGCCCUUUGUCCGGAACUGGCUGAACCAGCCAGGUCCCGCGUUGGAGUUGGAGGAGUUGCCUCUGAAGACGCCACUAUCCGAUGAGCAAAUCAAGGACAAUGAUAAGGGCAUUGCAACAGAAGCCUAAUCAACACAAAUGUAAAGUUGCAUUACAAUUAUUUAAUAAACAACAUAAUAAUAAGAGUUCUAUUCAAGAGUAUUGAAUAGGAAACCAAGUUCCCACUGAUCACAAAACUGAACUUUCAAAUAUAUAAUUAGAUAAAAAGAUUAUAAUGUGUGUUUUAGUAGUCAAGUUAACAUCUGUCCCCGAAAUUUAAUAUUGUAGUGUUUAUGUUUAAAAACAAUAAAUUGAUAUAGAGUUUUAAUUUAUAUUAAA